UUGCUUUAAGAAUCGUUCAGUGCGCUUUGGCUAUUGUUUUCAUUCUUUUGAGCAUUACUGCGUGUAAAUGCCUAGUUCUUUAGGAUUACCAGCAGAGACAUUGAUCGACAGGUAUGUGACAGUGGGUGCAUACAGUCUUCUGAGAUCAUGUACUAUCGAACCAGAGUGCAUUAUCGGUCAACACUCAAUACUAAUGGAAGGAUCGCUGGUAGAGACCCGCUCAAUCCUGGAAGCAGGUUCGGUUGUGCCGCCUGGAAGAAGGAUCCCAUCAGGUGAACUAUGGGGAGGCAAUCCAGCAAGGUUCAUAAGAACUCUAACUAAUGAAGAAACCGUAGAGAUCCCAAAACUUGCUGUAGCCAUCAACCAUUUAAGCGGAGAUUACUUCUCUGAGUUUCUACCUUACUCAACUGUCUACUUAGAGAGUUACUCUGCAGAAAUCUCGCCGGAGUUAGCACCACCGAACCGCCGUCCAGCCUCUUCCGCAACCGAGCCGACUAAGCCAACGGAAAGCUUAGUCGAAGGUCACCAUCGGAUUCGUGACGACGAGACGAAGCCGGAGACACCAAGCGCUGCCACCGCCGACGUGUCACGCGCAACCACGCGCCACCGAGUCUUCGGAGCGUGGAUCUCAAGCGCCGCCGCUGUUCGCCGGAGCCGCCGUGUCCGGCUGCCGUCCGUUCGCCGCCGGGAUUCCGCCGCCGUGUCGUCGCCGGACCGCCGUGGCCGCCGGUGACUUUCCCGGUAAGGUUCGCCGGAAUUUGUUACAGAAUAUGGGUUACUUUUUGAAAAUCUUCAAAAUUCUUCCGUUGUUUAUAUGUUUGUAA